AUGCCCUACCUCCCAACCUCACAAUCCUACCUCGAACAAUCCUCUCUCCUCCUCCAAGCCUACCCAGACACGAGAAUCACAACAAAAUACACCUUCCCCCGCACAUCCACAUCCACCAAACCAUCCUCGACAACACAACCCACAUCUACAGAAGAAACCGAACCCAAACCCCGCAUCGCCGUCCUCGAACUCAAGACCUAUCACCCGGGAUCCGGCAUCUGUUUGAAAUACCGUACGAACAAGGGCGCCGAGGUCGGCCGGUUGAUUACCUCGUUGGGGAAGUUGGCGGCGGGGGCUGAUGUUGAGGGGUUGGGGUUGGGGAAUCCUGCUCCUGCUGGUGGUGCUGGUGAUGUGGAGAUGGGGGAUGCUCCUGCUGUUGCUGCUGCUGAGGGACAGACGGUAGCUGGGGAGGGGGGUAAUGCUGGUGCAGCUGGGAAGGGAGGGAAAGGGAAGAAGAAGGGGGGGAAGGGGAAGAGGUGA